GUUAUUAUCCACACGCAUACACACCCACCAGUGGCACCCCAGGGAGCUCAGGACUCUCAUGGGACAGGGACACACACACACGCGCACACACGUCCUCCCCCAAGGGCUUAGAAGCAUGCUCGGCCCAAGGAAAGCGCUCAAUAAAUACCAUCGAUGAUCUGCUCGAUUCGCAGACACUUGGAGGAGACACACGUGUCCCCCUCAGCUGAAGAGAAACCCAAUCACAGACACCAGUGGUCAUCCAUUCCCACACCGCCCGAACACAACACACACGCAUUCAUUCAAUCGUUUUUAUUGAGCGCUGCCUGUGUGCAGGGCACUGUACUGAUCGCUUGGCAAGUACAAUUGGCAGGAAAUGGAGACAAUCCCUACCCAACAACGGGCCCACAAUCUCAGUCUCUCCAUUUGUCUCUGUGCCCUUGGUCUCUCCCUCCGGGCAGCCCUCUCUGACCAGGCCGCGGGUCCAGGUUGUCUGAGUUCAGUGUCUCCUGGCCCUACUCCCAGCCCAAGCCUUGGACCCUCGAAGGACCAUGUGGUUGGCAAGGGGGGCGGCCACGUCACCGCAGGCCCAACGCCCUUUCUCGCCCCCCACCCAAGACUCCCCCCAGGCCACAGUGGGAGGCACAAGGGACCGCUAAGGAGAACCAGGGGGCUCCAGCUUAACUGGGGACCCCCCAUCUCGGAUGCCCAACGCCUUGGCCCGGGCCCUGAAGGCCUCUCGAGUGUCUUCCUCCCCCCUUCCUUCCUCCCCCCCCCGUCCCUCCCUAUGUCCGUCCCGCCUUGGCCAAGGGGACGGAAAGAGGGGCGGGAGCGGGAGGUUUCCGGCCGCAGAGAGCUGCCGAGACGGGACCUCCCGGGAGAAGAGAGCCAAUCCGCCCACCCACCCGUCAGGGACACCUCUCCAGACCUUACCCUUGAGCCGGGGACCCAGGCAUCAGAAAGUCCAGCCCGGCCUCUCCGCCGGACCCUGCCGAUGGAGUGGACGGGGGGCCUGCCUCCUCCCUGGCUGCUGGGGUCCCUUCUGGCCUUGCUGCUGGCCCUGACCCCGAGCCGAGGAGCCCAGGAGGAGGAGAAGAAUGGCCCAGGCUGGAGGGAGCCCCAGGAGGAAGACUGGGACACGCUGAUGAAGGAGGUUCAGGAAUCCCCCACAGCUGGGGUGCUGAGGGUCCCGGGGGGCUUUGAGGGGGAAGAGGCCGGGCCCACCUCCACCGUCACCCCCACCUCCGUCCCCGCAACCACAGCCGAAGACACCGUCUCUUACAUCUUGAGCCGGCUGGCCGGCCUGGACUCUGGGCUGCACCAGCUCCACGUGCGGCUCCACAGCCUGGACGCCCGCGUGGCCGAGCUAGGCCGAGGCCUGCAGCGGAUGAGGGAGGCGGCCGGAAAGACCCACGAGGCCCUGGAGGCGCUGGAGGCGGCGGAGCAGAGGGGCCAGAAAGAACGUGGGCGGCUCGAGGGCUGCCUGAAGGGGCUGCGUCUCCACCACAAGUGCUACCUGCUGGUGCGGGACUACGAGAGCCACGAGGCAGCGGCGGCGCGGUGCGGGGCCCGGGGCGGGGCGCUGGCCAUGCCGGCCGACGCCUCCCAACUGGCCGGCCUGGGCGGCUACCUCCGCCAGGCCCUGGCCCCCUACAACUGGCCCGUUUGGAUCGGCGUGUCCGACCGGAGGGCCGAGGGCCUUUACCUCUUCGACAACGGGCAGCGCGUCUCCUUCUUCGCCUGGCACCGCCGCCCGACGCUGGCCCCGGGGUCGGGCCCCGCUUCGGCGCCGCCGGACCUCGCGGGGCUCGGGCCCGACCAGCCCAACGGGGGGCUGCAGGAGAACUGCGUGGCCACCACCUCGGACGACGGCACCUGGUGGGACCAAGACUGCCAGCGGAGACUCUACUUCGCCUGCGAGUUCCCGCUGUAGGUGUUGGGGGUGGGAGGGUGGCGGGACCCCCUCCCUCUCCCCAUCCCGUCCCCCCUCCGGGAAACAGAGGGGCACGGCCCACUGGGACUCGGCCUUCCGCCUGCUGCCUUCUUCAUAAAGUCAGCUGUGUGACCUUGGACAAGUCACUUCACUUCUCUGUGCCUCCGUCACAUCUAUUA